CGUGUGGAUAGUGCCACAAACUCGCUGGAGGCCAUCUUUCUUGAUGGCACACGGCAGAAGUUGAAGGUGUUCGCUGUGCGACUGGCCGGUGUUUCUGGAGAAGAGGAACUAUUUCGCCAAUGGAAGAAGGAUGCGAGUACACGUCCGGUGCGAACUGUGUACGUGGGAAUGGAGGGAGGUGCCUCAACGCCAACACCACCUGUUGCAUCUCCAUCUGUACAUGAUGGGAGUAACAGUGACCAUAACCAUAUGAAUGGUGAGAUGAGGGGGGAUGAUGAUAAUAAUGCUAUUAAUAAUAAUAAUAAAAAGAAUGUAAUGGUGAUUUUUCUUUUGUGUUUUGUUUAG